AUGACUACCAAUGAAGAGAGAGAACAGAAGGAAAAUAUAACAGAAAAGAUUGUUAGGCACAUUCUUAGUAAAGAGUCCCUUACUAGACUCCUAAACAUAAAGGCAGUUGACUUAGAGAGAUAUUACAAAAUAGAAGGAUUACUUUGUGACAUAUACAGAACACAGCACGUGCAAGAAAUAAGCAAUGAAGAUUUUCUUAAAAUCAUAAAGCAAACGGAAAAGCAAAAGACAACAUUCGUAUACAGAAGUAGAACAAGCAUAAUGGAUGACUUAGAUUAA